AUGGCACCGUUGGCGAAAUCAAAACUCUCCCAAACCCGAUUGAAGACUCCCCAAAAACCUGCCGCAAGAAGCACAGGCCCAUUGUCAUUGCCCUCUGCAACAAAAGGGGCGAAACCGAAGACGAAAUCGAAGCCGAAUCAGAGUAUUCUGAGCUUCUUCAAGAAGGCGCCCGCGCCGGAUGAAGAGUUGUUUAUUGGGGGAGGCGACAAUGGGGUAGUAAUGGAGGAGGUGGAGGAGGAGGGGCAGGCGAAAGAGGUACAAGAGGAGGAUGACGAUCUAUAUGAGGCGAGUCCCUCUCGCGCAAAUUGUGAAGGGGAAGACGCGGGUGGGGACGACGUCAGGUAUAAUGAGGUUAUGGGGGCGGUUAAGAGGCCGCGGUUGAGUCCCGCGUUGGAACUUGGCUCUAGUUUAGUGCGCGAGAAGGGGGAAGUGUCCCGUCCGGGCUCACCAGAAUACCUCAAGCAAACGGACUCAAAAACGGCCUUGAAAGCAGGCCCAAUGGCCGCGCCAAAAAGGAAGGCAGGCAAUCCGUUCCUGGACGAGUCUUCUGACGAAGAGGACGACGACGGAGACGACAAGGAGAACGAGCCGGUGUCAUCGGCAAUACCAAGGGUGAGAUCGCCGCAGCGUGUGUUUGAUAAUUCCAAUGGGGGGGGCCGAGGCACUGGACCGGCGAAGCUUACCAAUGGGACGACCAUUUCCAGGAAGCCGCCGCUUUUGAGGCAGCAGACGUCGGGCGCGGAUCUGGGAGGUGACGAUAACCAGGCCGGCGCAGCGCAAGAUGGCAUUACAGAAGACAACGACGAUGUCGACCCAUUCGAGGACGAGGAUUUUACCGGCGAAGAACUUAGGGCGAUGCGAUACAUGGAAGAACAGGCGCGGCUAGAAGCGGAAGAGGGGGGCGAAGAAUACGAAAGGAACGACUUUGUUGACGACGAAACGAUGACGGAGUGUUGUCCGGUCUGUAAUGGCAGCCUCGCGGGCGCAACGCCAGACCAGGCGACUGCGCAUGUCAAUUCUUGUUUGGAUGGGAACCCGACCCCUUUACCAAAACCGCCCGGUGAUGUUAUCGAAACUGAGGGUGCAGCUGUGGGUAAGCGGUUUGCUAAAGCUGCUGUCGCGCGGCCGGGGCAAGCGAAUCCUAUCAGUCUCGGAGCUGAAGCUAAGGAGAAGUCGUCAAACUCGGCAUUUACGAAGUUGAUGUCUGGCCACGCCGAGGAUGCUGCUUGGUCGACGGCUGCCGCGGCGGAAACUGCUGCUAGGGGAAUGCCCGCGUACAAGCGGACCUGCCCCUUUUACAGGAUCAUGCCCGGAUUUUCUAUCUGCGUGGAUGCUUUCCGUUAUGGCGCCGUGGAAGGCUGCCAAGCAUAUUUCCUGAGUCACUUCCACAGCGAUCAUUACAUAGGCUUAACCGCCAACUGGACGCAUGGUCCGAUCUAUUGCAGCAAGGUUACGGGGUCUUUGGUCAAGUCCCAGCUGAAAACGGCAGCCAAAUACGUCGUUGAGUUAGAGUUUGAGAAGACAGUACCGGUCCCGGACACCAACGGAGUCAUGGUCACCAUGAUUCCGGCGAACCACUGUCCUGGAAGCUCACUCUUUCUCUUCGAGAAGACGACUGGUGGAAGAACGCAGCGAGUCCUUCAUUGCGGCGAUUUCCGGGCAUGCCCUGCCCAUGUUGAGCACCCGAAGCUGAGGCCCGAGACAGUCGAUGCCAUAACCGGCCGGACGAAACAACAGAAGAUAGACGCCUCCUCGCCAAUGACGACCGCGAAUGGUGACACCCUCCUACGCCGGCAACGCGGCGGCGCCUCUGCCAGUAACAAAGUUGUCAGCAAGUUCUUCACUACCGCCUCUUCCUCCACAUCAACCAAGCCCACCCCUCCCCCGCCCAACAACGCCUUCGCGGCCCUCAACGGCCGCCACCACAACUCCAAUCGCCUUCUCGUGGUUUGCGGCACCUACAGCAUCGGCAAAGAACGCAUCUGCGUCGCCAUCGCCCAGGCCCUGCAAACCAAAAUCUACGCCACGCCCGCCAAAAUCCGCAUGUGCAAGCAGCUCGACGACCCAGAGCUCGCCUCACUACUCACCUCCAACCCCACCGAAGCCCAAGUCCACAUGCAAAUGCUCAUGGAGCUCCGCGCCGAGACCCUCUCCGAGUAUCUCUCAGCAUACAAAGCACGCGGCGAGUUCAGCCACAUCAUCGGCUUCCGCCCCUCCGGCUGGAAACUACCGGCCCCCCUCCACCACCACCACCCCCAUAACCGCCAACCUCCCCCCAACCUCCCUCCCCACCACGCACCUCCUCCACAGCCCAUCUUGGCGCCCGCGGUUCGCGGACGCGCGAACCUGGUCCCGCAGCGUGGGGGGCACCGCGGAGGCGCUGUGCUUCGGCGCGCCCUACAGGCGAGCACAGCAGUUUUCGCGAGCUGGCGCUGUUUUGUGAUGGCGCUGCGCAUCGAGCGCGUCGUGCCGACGGUGGGGGUGGGGGAGUGA